UGGAUGUUCUUAGCUUUUGCUCGUGUCAAGGCUAGUUGUGGUAAUUUAUUAUAGCUAGUCUCAGGAAGUAGCAAGCUAUCUUGCUAAUAUUUUAACUUUGUAAAUUAGCAAAUCAGCUAGCUAAUCUAGGGAAAUUCUGAUACGAUAUAAUAAACAUAUAUAUUUUAUUAUUAGGCUGUCUAUGUAUAAAGUUAAUUUCAAGUUGGAGCUACUUAGUUAUCCAGCACUCAGGUGUCAGACAGCAGUUAGGCUGUAACUAGCUCAGUCAACUGUCACAUUGUGUUAAAUAUGGAGGAUACAUUAAAAUAGUUCACUCAUUCCAUUUACAAUUGCGAUCAAGUGUCAGUUUCGGUCUGCUUAACCAGCCGGGUGGCUCUGAUGUAUAGCAGCUGGGUCUGGUGGUCUGCUGAUGGUGCUUUCAAGACAAAUGGGAACUCGGAAAAAUACGAGGUCAAAUCCUGACAUCAGUGAUCUUCAGGUCGGAAAGUCGGAGCUCUAGAAAGAGGCCCGAGUUUCCGAGUUGGAACGGUCAUCCAACUCGGUAUCCAAACUCUUUUCCGGAGCUCAACCCCCCCUGAUGAGCUCAUAGAAGGGUUGGCUGACAACGUUACGAAAAUGAUCCACCCGCAUCCACCGUGCGUUAUGAUUCUGAGUGGUCAGAUAGCUAGUAACAAUGAAAUGAAGCUGGCAUGUGGGGAAUCGUGUUUCAUGUGAGCCUGGUAUGAUCUGUCCUCAGUACUAUUUACACUGGAAGAAAAAAGGCCUGCCCAUUGGCAGAUGGUAUCCUUAUUCGACUUGGAGAGGCUAACUGUGUGGCAGUAUGUCAGAUGGGAACGAGUCCUGCAUGUUCAGAGAUGGAGCCGAGUUUGUGGCCUGCAUCUUUCACACAUUCGAGGAAUGGUCAGGACUAGGACCCCUGGAAGACUAUCUGAGCUAUCUGGAGUACCUGGCCUGGGUUUUCACCCCUCUGGUUGUUGUUUUCAUCCUGCCCUUCCUCAUUGUGAUCCUCCUCUACCUCUCCAUACUCUUCCUCCAUGUGUACAAACACAAGAACCAGCUCAGGGAGGCCUACUCCAACAACCUGUGGGAUGGUGCUAGGAAAACUCUGGCAACGUUGUGGGAUGGCCAUGGGUUCAUAUGGCACGGAUAUGAAAUCCAUGGUAUGGAGAAGAUUCCAGAUGAAGGAGCAGCUCUUAUCGUCUAUUAUCAUGGGGCUAUUCCCAUCGACUAUUAUUACUUUCUGGCAAAUGUCAUCAUUCAGAAGGGACGGAUAGUUCACUCAGUCGCUGAUCACUUUCUGUUCAAAGUUCCAGGGUUCAAGCUGCUGUUGGAGGUGUUUAGUGUGAUCCACGGGCCCCAGCAAGAGUGUGUGAAGGCACUGAAAAGUGGCCACCUCCUGGGCAUCUCACCUGGAGGCGUGAGGGAGGCGCUCCUCAGUGACGAGACCUAUCAACUGCUCUGGGGGAAGAGAAAGGGCUUCGCACAAGUGGCUAUCGAUUCCAAAGUGCCAAUAAUUCCCAUGUUUACUCAAAACGUCAGGGAAGGAUUCCGAUCUCUCGGCGGGUUAAGCUUUUUCAGAUGGUCGUAUGAAAAAUUCCGCGUACCGAUGGCCCCCGUCUAUGGGGGUUUUCCUGUGAAGUUUCGUACAUACUUAGGUGACCCCAUCCCAUAUGACCCUAACAUUAGUGCAGCAGAGUUAGCUGAAAAGACCAAUCAAGCAGUUCAAGCACUCAUUGACAGACACCAAAUUAUUCCUGGGAAUGUCCUUCGAGCACUACUAGAGCGAUUCCACAGCAGGCAUAAAGAAAAAUAGCCAUAAGGAAUAUCAUUUUGUUUUUGUUAUAUGAAGCAGUUACAUAUUUUUAAGACACUGUUACAUAUUGAAAGUAUUAUCAUGUGAUCAGUUGAAUGGUUAACUACAGAUUUGGAUCUUAAUUUGAGCCAGUCUCCUAUAGCAGGAAAAUAAUCCUGUAGAUUUAUAAUUAAUGGACAUUUUUGUAGCAGUUGAUACAUUUUUCAUAAGGAAAAUCAAGUUUGAAAUUUCAAAGUGGAAAUUACAAACUUCAGAAGCCUUUUUAACCUCAAAUACACUACAAACUUCUCCUACAAUAGGCUGAUCAAAUUAAGGUCCUGCACCUUCCAUACAUUAUUAUUGCAGGUGUACCUUCAGGAGCUCUUUGCACUCAAAUUUUGUCACAAAACAAUAUGUACCGAAGGUAAAUUGUUAUGGUAUAAUACACCGUAAUUGGUUAAUGUCAAAUGUGUGCAUAUUGAAAUUGUAUAGUGUUUUCUGUGCAAGUAUGUAGAUACUUUGAUUCCACAAUUGAUUUGCACACAUUGUUCUAAGUUCCACCACUGCCAACAAUUUCUAUUUAAGAGGCCUUUAUUUUGAUUAAUAACUGCAAAUAUUGAAACGAUAUAGCAAUUGCUAUAUAAGAAGCAAUAUAGGUAUGAAGACCGGGCAGCUUUAUUUCCUUUCACCUGGGUAAAAUGUUUGAAAUUUUAUUUAAAUAAUUUUGUCAUUUCCCCCAAAAAAUGUAUUGUGGAAUUAUGUAAGUAUGUACUGUAGUUGUAGCUUAUGCACCUUUUUAAAAUCUAUUGAGGUCCAUUAUGAAACAGGACAGAAAUUAUUUGUAAUGUUAAAAUAAAUAUAUUUUAUUAUGAGUUUUGUGUGUUUACAAGUCAUUUCUGUUAUUACAAAUAUUUUGUAUAAAAAAUUUUUAGCAACAUAUCCAAGAUAUUUGAAGUGGUUUUGAAAAUUUUAUAAAAUAUUUGUUUUUCUUCCAUAAACAUUGGUACAUUUUCUGCACUAGUGUUUUUCAGUGUUUUAAUGAUUCAAUAUGAAUUUAAUCAAGUAAUUAUUUAUGGCCUGUGAAUCAAAUUGAACUAAUGUGCAAAAGUUCACUAAUGUGUAGCUUAUUCUAAAACACGUUUAGUGUAUUUCUCUGUACUAAAAUGUUUUUGUGCUAACUCUGAAGUAUUCUGCUUGCAGGAUGAGCAGAGUUUUGAAUGUUGUUUGAGAUUGCUCAGUUUGUUCACAAUUCCUGGAGGAGAUGGAGAAAUGUACUUUGUAGUGUGGCUAGAUGGUAGCUGUAAUUUCCGUGGUUAUUGUGUAUACUUUGUUAAAUGUUAUUUUGGUUUUCAGUACAAGGAAAAUGGUAGUGUGUUUAGUAGCGUAUUGUAAGACCAUGUGUGCUGGGAACCGGUCAGUGUAUGACACUUAAAUAAAUCACAUCAAUAUUUCUUUUUUUACCUAACUUGUCUUGACUUAAACUGCUGCCCAAUGAAGGCAAUCCAAUAGUGAGAAUUAAAGAAUAUUUUUGAUAAAGAAUGAUUGGA